AUUUGGGAGCGACAAAUAGCAGUUGAGAUUCAAAAACCCUUCUUCAACCUCCCGAUAUUGCUACAGAUUCCAAUUUUCAUGGCUUCUCUCUUCAGAAUAUCCCGAAAAUGUCUUUCUUCUUCAUCUCCCUUUUCCGGCAACCGACUUUGUUUACCUCUUCGACGCUUCCUCGAUUCUCCGACACAAAUUCAAACUUACUCUUCUGAAGCGGCAAAGCUCCGAUCACCGUUCGAUUCCAACAUUAUUCGAAUUAUUCGCACUGAGGUCGAAUAUCAGACUGAAUAUGCUCCCCCUCAAGAGCCUCCUGCAAGUUUCAGUUUCUUCUCAAUUGAAGACCGCCCAGGCGAGCAAUUUGUUAGGCUACGACGCAAAUUCGGCGAAAAAGAAGAUAUCAAAAUUGAGGCUACAAUGUUCGAUGGCUGUGUAUCUGACCCAAAAACUGGGGAUGAUGCCGACGGCGAAGAUACUCGUCUUCACAUAAGCUUGCUGGUUGACAUAUAUAAGGGAGAAGGAUCUGAUGGAUUAGGAUUUGUUUGCUCUGCAUGGCCAGAUGGCUUGGAGAUCAUGAAAGUCUACAUGCUUCAUGGGAACAAAUUGUUGCCUAAAGCUCACAUGGGUCCUAAUAUAAGAAAACUGGACCCUAAACUCCGUAAGGCACUUCAUCAAUACUUGGAAGCAAGAGGAGUGGAUGGUGAACUUUCUGUUUUCUUGCAUCAUUACAUGGUCAACAAGGAUAGAACCGAACUCCUGAGAUGGUUAGAAACUGUCAAGUGUUUUGUCGAAAUGUAGAGUGCCUUUCUGGCAGCCUUGGAAGAUCAGAUGUAUGGUAAUGGCAUUGAAUUUACUUAGAUUUUAGGGGGUAUAGAAUGUUCCAUUAACAUAAUAAUUGUUCAUAAUAUGCAAUUUUGCUCU